UACCGAGUAUGAAUCUACAAUAUUUGAUAUUAGCGUAUUUCUGUGUGGAAAUUGAAUGUACUUGUAAUAUUGCUCAAAGUUUUCAAAAAAUUCAUCGAUGGGCUUUAGACCGGAAAAGUUUUUCUUCAGACGUUUACUUUGGUCUUUUCAUUGCAAAAGGAGUUUUGUCAAGCACAAAUCACUCUAUUGACGAAGGAUUUAUGAAUAACUUAUUUUUGAAAGUACCCAGAAUGGAAACCAAUAUAUACAAAAGGAUCGCGCUCGAUGGCCUGGGAGAGGAUUAUCUCCAAUUGGAGGGGCACCUGUUGCAUGAUAUGUUGCUUGCAGAACCUCUGGAGGGGAAAUUAACUACUUUAACAAACUAUCUUGAAGGCAUUGAUACCGGAGUGCCAAGUCGGGAACUUUCAGAUAUUUGCAUAGCCCAAGCUUUAUCAUCAUCAUCUUGCAUGAUUAGCAGUGAGUGCAUGAGUCUAAUUACAUCCAAUGAUGCCUCUAAAGGAUAUCACAAAACGCAUCAAAUUUUAUUUGCGUUGAUGCUAAGAGGCCGAUGCCGUGAGUCUCGAUUAAUGCACAACAUAUCCAUGCGAGUUAUCUUAGCUAACUUAUGUUCUUCCGUAUUGAAUGAAUUGAGAUGGGUGGCUUUCCUUCAGUAUCCAACAUUUCUGCGUGAUUUGAUCGUAGAACAAACUUUGUUUUGUAGUUUGGCAGGUUUUACAGAAUUCUACAACCAACAUCUCAUCGCUGAUAUAUUAUCGUGGCAAACAAAGUUAGGAUGUUUCACAACGAUUGAUAUUGGUAACGUGAAUUCAUGCUCAGGACAUUUAUCAGGUUUAGCGAUAUCUUACUUAGGCUUACUGAUGAAGCAUUGUUACAUGUGAAAAGUGAUAACUAG